AAUAACGGGGGACAGAGAGGCCGGAGCGGCCGUGCCCCUGCGGGGAUCCCGGCGGGUGCCGGAUCUUUGCAGCUUUCUCUGUUACAUUACGCGUUACGUUCUCUACCGAUGACGUUUUCUCACUUCAAACGUGUGGUUGCCAACGAGCUCUGGGUAGUUCCUGUGUCCACCAGAAAAUGCAGAAUGUCAAGACCCCGUUUCUUGUUGCCUUACUUCCAGCCACCCCCGGUUCCCCCCCGCCGAGGAAUGCGAGCUGCCCGCCCUGCCAGAUGGCCACCGAAUCAACUGGGAAACUCCAGCACUGGGAAUCCAAACCGACACAAAAAUCGGGAGCAUAAAUACGGGGACGGCUUGCCGCAACCCGCUGGGGAUUUCACAACCCGCUUCGCCCUUGCGUGGGGGCUCUGUCGGCUGCGACGCUGGGGAAAGUCAACCCCGGCUUUACCUGCGGCUCUGGCAAAUUGUAGCCUGGUUCAGGAGCAGACAACAGGCUAAAAGGAAAUUCUGCCCUUUGAGUGUCUGAGAAACACGGUCUUGCCAUCGAGGGCGGCGCUGGGAGCUCAGCGGCUGCUUUGCCUCCUGGGCGUCCUGCUUGGUGCCUCAGGGACAGAAGUUGGAGGGGUUCAUCAGUGGCGACUCUUCUCCGGCCCCGUCAGGGUGGAGGGUGACUGGUGCAGCACUCGUGCUUGGAAAAUGACUGGCUCCGCGUCCAGGCCUUGAGUCACUGGUUCACGCCGUCAUUGUGGGCUGUUGUUUUCCGUUCGCAAAGUGUGAGCGGUGACCUGCUGUUUAUUUAUAACUCUGAGAGCGUCACUUGUUGGGAGACCAAAAAGCUGAGCUCUGGGACAGGGUCUCUGCCUCUCCUGGCACAAGGCUUGAUUCAAACAAGCCCUUCCCAAAGAAUUUGGCUGGUUUGCAACAGUUUGGUAAAUAAACAGCUCUGCUCUCGCGCUGGCGGCUCCCUUCCUCGAAGCGGUGCCGUGUGGAUUCGCGGCGCUGGAACAAACUGGUUGGACUGGUCGUGGUGGGAGUGGAGAGUCCCAUGGUGAAGGUGAUGGGCGUCCCCCUCAGCGUCUCGCCUCCUGCAGACGCUGGGAGAGGUGACAUGUGAAGGCAGCGCCCGGCACGGGGAGCGGCAGCAGCUGAGAUGCAUUCGAGCCAUGCCGAUGACCCCAAGGAAGCCAUACAGCUGAUCAAGAAGCAACUGGCGAACGCCAUCAAGGCACUGCAGAAGCAGUACGUGACCUCGGAUGCUGUUGUUACCAGCGAUGAUGGGAAUGCAAACACCCUCUGCAGCACCCUGGAAGCUGUCUUCGUGCACGGGCUGAAGGAGAAGCACAUAAAGGCAGAGAGCGGGGGGAAAGGGAAGAAAACAGGGGGUCGGGGACCGCUUCCCCAGCCGGUCUUCUGGGGUCUGCUGAAGAGCAUCACCCAUCGAAAUAUUGUCUCAGAGCUGGAACAACUCAUCUUCAUCAAUACGGACGUUGGCCGCUGCCGAGCCUGGCUGAGGCUGGCUUUGAAUGAUGGCCUCGUGGAGUGUUACUUGAAGUUGCUCCUGCGGGAGAGGUCCCGGCUGCCCGAAUACUACCAGGCGACCGCUCUGCUCUUAGAUGCCGAAGAGUGUGAGUUUCUCCUUAGCUACUUGCAGGGCUUAACUUCCUUAACCUUCGAGCUCUCCUAUAAAUCAGCGGUUUUGAAUGAGUGGACUAUCACCCCUCUGUCCCUGUCGGGUCUGUGUCCUGUUUCGGAGCUGCUGGAGCCCCUCACGUCCUCGACAUCUGAACCCCACAGAAAAGCAUCACUGGGUUCGAUCUCCCAAUCAUCAGGGUCAGAUGAGAUUGAGAUUCAACCCUCUGUCCUACCCAUUGGCAAAGCCAGCAGCAAAAUCAAGCUCACGUCGUCCUCGUUGAGCCUUAACACCACGAGCUCAUCCCAGCUCUCCUCCAGCCUGGGCUCUGACAGCAUCCUCCCGGCUCACUGCGCCCGCAGUCCCGAGCGGAGCGAGGAGCCGCUCUCCUGCGACUCCGACCUGGGGACGGCCACCGCCGAGGACCUGGACAGGUCGCUGCAAGAGGUGUUGUCAGAGUUCAACAAAGCCAAGCCAAGCCUGGAAGCCCCGGAGGGAGGGCUGGUCCCCAGCGUGCUGGGCUGCUCCCCACAGCAGCCUGCCUGCCCUCCGGCUGCGUCACCCGUCCCCCCAGCACCAUCCCGCGGAGCUCACCAGCAACAACCUCCCAACACCGACAGGCCACACUCCGCUCGAACGGGCGAUGUGGUGACCACCAGUGAUGGGGAUGGAGAUGCAGCACCGCAAGCCGGCGGCACAGACGUCGUUUCAGCCACGCGGAACAGUGGUCCGAGUGAAGGAGCAACAGGCAGAAGCAGCGCAGUCAGCGGCAGCGAUGCUGUCCGCAGCCCGACAGCCGAAUACCUCCUUUCUCCACUACUGGGUUGUCCGAAAAGAAAGAGCUGGAUCUCAGAAGAUGAUUUCUACAGGCCUUCUCCAGGAGAGAGCAGCGAAAGCACAGCUGACACCAAUGGCUUUGGGCCGGAGGGGGCUGGCGAGUGUCCAGCCCUGGGGCUCAUUAGCGCCCUUGACUUGGAAAGGCUGUCGGUGCCAUCCUCGGAGAGCGGGAAGCCCAAAACGUCACCUGAACGGGAACAAAAAGGCUUCAGCGUUGUGCAUCGCAGGCAGAUGGGUCUUUCCAACCCUUUCCGAGGGCUCCUGAAGCUGGGCAGCCUGGAGCGGAGAGGAGCCAUGGGGAUUUGGAAGGAGUUUUCCUGCGAGCUGUCGCCACUGGAACUCCGUCUCUUCCUGGACCACGAGGACCGCAUCUGCGUUGAGAGCUAUUCCCUGCUGCGGUGCGAGUCACUGGCACUGACGCACUCGGAUGGCCGUUUCGAGCUGGUUUUCCUGGGGAAAAAACUCUACCUACGAGCUCCUUCUCGAGAUGAGGCCGAGGACUGGUUGGACAGGAUCCGUGAGGCGCUGCAGAAGUGGCGGCCUCAGCUGGAGGAGGAGGAGUGGGAGACGCUGGAGUAUCCAGAAGACAGUGGUGAAGGCCAACCCAUCCAGAGCGACUCUGCUGCUUUUCUCCAGUACAGCGACAUGCCUGGGAACAGCUUUGACUGGACUUCAGCUCAUGAACCAGAGCUGGAUGCAAUAAAAGAGGCUGUUCUGUACGUGGACAUAGACAAAACCUGGGUCCCUUUUAUUUUUUCCCUGUCUCUAGAAACUUUAAAGUGCUUUAAAAUCAGAAACAAUGAUAAAAUUUUAAGCAACAGUUACGGUAUAGAGACCAUCCAGGACAUCCUUCCAGACACGAGCCUUGGGGGACCUGCGUUCUUCAAGGUGAUCACCUCCAAAGCUGUCCUGAAGCUGCAGGCUGAGAAUGCAGAAGAAGCGGCCUCAUGGAGGGAGCUGGUCCGAGGGGUGCUCAUGUCCUACCUGGAGAGCGCAGAGGAGGCGCUGACGCUGGGCGGCAGCUUGGAUGGGCACUCCCAGGUCAUCCUGAAGAACAUCGUGACGGAAAAUGGCUUCUUACUGCAAUACCUGGUGGCCAUCCCCACAGAGAAGGGCCUGGACUCGCAGAGCUUCAUCUGUGCAGGCUGCUCCAGGCAGAUCGGCUUCUCCUUCGCGAAGCCCAAGCUCUGCGCCUUCUCUGGUCUCUACUACUGCGACAGCUGCCACCGGGAUGAGGAGACAGUGAUUCCCUCACGCCUGAUCCACAACUGGGAUCUGACAAAACGAGGGGUUUGCCAGCAAGCUUUGAAGUUCCUCACCCAGAUCCGUAACCAGCCGCUGAUCGACCUGAAGCUGGUCAACGAGAGCCUCUACGACCAUGUGGAGAGGAUGGGACGGAUCCGCCAGAGCAGGGAACAGCUGAAGCUGCUGGGAGAUUAUCUCAUCAUGUGCCGCAGCGGGGCCCUGAAGGAGCUGAGCAAGCGGCUUGAUCACAGGCACUACCUCUUGGAGUGUCCCCACAAAUACAGCGUUGCUGAUCUCAGGCAGAUAGCCGACGGCGUCUUUGAGACCUUCCUGCAGUCGCUGCUCCAGUUUGCUUCCCAUCACGUCUACAACUGUGACCUGUGCACCCAGCGAGGCUUCAUCUGCCAGAUCUGCAACAGCAGCGACAUCAUUUUUCCCUUCGAGUUUGACACUACCACCAGGUGCAGUGAAUGCAAAACCGUCUUCCACCGGGACUGCCAAGCCCGCGCCAAGUCGUGCCCCCGCUGCGAGCGCCGGCAGAGGUACCAGCGGAAGCUGGAGGCGGAGGCCAGCGUGGAGCCAAGCCUUUAGCAUCCGGGGACCGACCCCGACGCUGCCCUUGGCUUCUCGGCCAGCCGGACUAGUGCCAAGGGGAAGGAGCCAGCGGGAGGUGCAGAGAAGAGACCCCCCCUGCCCAGGUUGCUGGUCCUGCGCCCGGCCCCAGGGAGCCGGCGGUGCUGGGCGACGCAGCGUUGGGUGCUCCUGCCCCACCGAGGGACCCUCUGCCCACCCAGGGCUGAGCGAGGGGGACAGGGAGGUGCGGCCCCCGCUCACGCUAUCCCACUGCUCCUGGGGGAUGCUCCCAGUUGCCCUCCUGGUGCCAAGCGGGUACGUCCCCUCCUGGGGGAAACCCAGUGGCUUUCCAGGGUGUAAAUCAGCAUUGCCAAUCAAGGGAGUGGAUAACUGACAUCGAUUAAAGCUCUAGUUUUUUAGGGAUGUUCGGUACUGAAAAAAGGGUAUUUUUUUACAUGGGGGUUUUGCACAAGCUGGCCUGCUCUGGGGAGGUGACGGCAGCCACGCGGGGAGGGGGCAAAGUGACACUUGUGCCUUUAGGGACCUUGCGGGUGCCGAGGCCGGCUGAGCAUCUCGAGCUCGGGGUGCCCACCCAUCGCCAGGGCCUCUGGGAAGAGAGGGGAGAGAAGA